AUGCUGCCGCUGUUGAAUGCGGAGUGGGAGGAGGAGCUGGCGCAGGCGCAGGAGGCGCACUCGAGUGGGGGCGCCGAGGGGAAGGGGCGCGGGGCGGUGGUGGCGAACUUGAAGUGCGUCGGGGCGGAAGGGGGUCUUUUGGGGAGGUCUCUCCUGACGUUCGUCGCGAACAAGGGCGACGGCGCGAACCCGAUUCCUCCGCACAAGCUCUCGCAGAACGACAUGGUCGACGUGAGGCCGUCGAAGGGAGCGGCGGCAGGCCCGCCCACGGCCAGCGGCGUCGUUUACCGGAUCACAGAGCGAACGAUCGUCGUCGCGGUCGACGCCCUCCCCGACGAGGGCCUCAACGUUCCGCUGCGCCUAGAGAAGCUCGCGAACGAGGUCACGCACCGCCGGCUGAAGGACACGCUGACACAGCUGACUCAGGCCGCGGCGUCCGGCACCGCGAGCGCGAGCCCGGGCGCGCACCUCAUCGACAUCGUCUUCGGCGGCGCCGUGCCGCGCUUCCACGAAGCUCCGCUCGAAUGGGAGCCCAUCGACCGCGGGCUGGACGACUCGCAAGUGAAGGCGGUGGGGCGUGCUCUCGCUGCGCGCGACGUGGCGCUCAUCCACGGCCCGCCCGGCACGGGCAAGACGACCGCCGUCGUGGAGGUCAUCAAGCAGGAGGUCGCGCGCGGGCGCCGGGUCCUCGCGUGCGCGGCCAGCAACAUCGCUGUCGACAACAUCGUCGAGCGCGUCGCCGCCCCGGCGCCAGGCGGGGCGUCCGAGGGAGCGCCGCUGGUGGUGCGCGUCGGGCACCCCGCGCGGCUGCUGCCGCAGGUGCUGUCCUGCUCGCUGGAGGCGCACGUGCUGCGGUCGGACAACAGCGCGUUGGCCCAGGACUGUCGGCGUGAAAUUCGAGAGCACUCUGCGGCGCUGAGCAAGCUCGAGGGCUGGAAGCGGGCGGAGCGGGGGAAGCUGCAGGCCGAGCUCCGGCGGCUCGCGCGGGAGGAGCGGAAGAGGCAGGAGGCGGCGGUGGAGGAGGUGCUGAGGAAGGCUGACGUCGUGUGUUGUACCUUGACAGGGCUCCACGUGCGACACAUGAGGAACCUGGUGUUUGACGUGUGCAUCGUCGACGAGGCCGCGCAGGCCCUGGAGGUCGCGACGUGGGGGGCCCUGUUGCGCGCGCCCCGCGCCAUCCUCGCGGGCGACCACCUCCAGCUGCCGCCGACGGUCCUCAGUCCUCAGGGCGAGGCUGGCGGGCUCGGGUGCACGCUCUUCGAGCGCCUCAUCGCGCUGUACGGGGAGUCGGGGGUGUCUGAGAUGCUCCUGACUCAGUACCGGAUGCACGCCGACAUCAUGCAGUGGUCGUCCGGCGCCCUGUACGAAAACAAGCUCGAGGCGCACCCCUCCGUCGCCGCGCACAAGCUCGAGGACAUCGCACCCCGGGCGGCGGCGGACGGGGGCGACGAACCGUUUCCCGCCCUGAUGCUUGUCGACACCGCGGGGUGCGACAUGUGGGAGGCGGAGGGCGAGGGCGGGUCGUGGCGGAACGACGGCGAAGUGGAGGUCGUGCUGGCGCUGCUCGACCGCCUCGACGCCGCGGGCGUCGCCGCCAGCCGCGUCGGCGUGAUUUCGCCCUACUCCGCGCAAGUCGGGGCGCUGCGGGAGGCGAGGGGGGAGCGGUACGAGGGCGUCGAGAUCAGCACGGUGGACGGCUUCCAGGGGCGCGAGAAGGAGGCGAUCAUAAUAUCUGCCGUGCGGUCGAACGAUCGGCGGGAGGUCGGGUUCUUGUCGGACAAGCGGCGUAUGAACGUUGCCGUCACGCGCGCGCGGCGUCACUGCUGCCUCAUCUGCGACUCGGAGACGCUGUCGUCCGACGCGUUCCUCGCGCAGCUCGUGCAGCACUUCGAGGAGCACGGGACCGUGAGCACCGCGGAGGAGUUCGCACAGGGUUGGAGCUGA